CUAAUGCUUCACCUCACAAAAGGCAUUAUGGGCAUUGUGAGAAUGUAGUGAAGAAGUGAGUUGCUUCUGCACCUAGUCUGGAAGUUAAAGAAGAUAAGCACGCCCUGCGAGAUUUGCUCUUCUUUCUCCAUAUUCCAAGAACAGGAGGAACUACAUACUUCCGCUGUUUCCUGAAGAUGUUGUAUCCUAGUGCUCUGGAAUGCCCUCACUCUUAUGAUCAAUUGAGGUUUGAUCCCAGCAAGCGAAAGUGCAGGUUGUUGGUCACUCAUGAUGACUGUAGCCUGAUGUCAAAACUUCCUAAGGAUAGAACAUCAGUGGUGACCAUACUAAGAGACCCCGUCGAUCGUGUUUUCAGUACAUAUGAAUUCUCGGUGGAGGAAGCAGCUAGAUUUUUGGUGCACCCUAAUUUAACUUCUUACACAAGAAUGGUUGGGCGCUUGCGCUCCGAGACUAAAGGAUUUGCAGUUAGUACACUGGAUAUAUGGCCAUGGAAGUAUCUAGUUACUUGGAUGAGAGAAGACCUAUUUGCAAGGAGAUAUGCGAGAAGGCAUGGUGGAUCCAGGGAUAUCUACAGCAGCAACCCAUACAAUAUGGAGGAAGGGCAAUGCAUUGUAAUGCCAUUGCAUAAGUAUAUCUAUGACCCUAUUGCUCGAGAUAUAAUUCACAAUGGUGCCACGUUUCAGCACAAAGAACUUGGCAAACUUGUCCUUGAAGUUGCAAAGGCCAGUGAAAUUGGUUAUUGGGUUUAA